AUGCGGCUCAAACUUCAUGGACUCGUCAAUGAGUCCGGCCAUCCCCAAACCGGUACACCUGCAUUCGGAGACGGAUUGGAGGACGCAGUUGUGGGCGUCUGCAUUCUCCCGACAGGAUACGAGCACUGUCCUCAAUUCAUAAAACUGCUACGUCCAAUGAUGUCCAAUCGCUUUGCCCACAACCUCCACCUCCACUUCCAACCAGACUCUACACACCAGAGAAGGUACAUCCCCUACCUCCUACCUCUCCUUCCUAGCCCUCUUAGCCCGCGUCUCACCCCUCCUGCUCGUUGCAAUCCGUCUUCGACCGCGAAAACAUCGAUCUCAAACGAGAAGCCGUGGAAGAGAUUUGAAGCGACGGAGCGAUGUGACUACCGAGACAGCCGCCCCCUUCCUACAUCCCCAUCUACCUCCUCACCGACCUCCGACCUCCAUCUCGGCGCCAACGGCCAGAGUCCCUUCCGACGAACGUCGCCGGUUUAUCACUAUCAAUUCUACAGUCUCAAAGAUAUCCUCGGUUCAAUACGAGUCAAACCCGAGCGAAGCGGUUCGGCGGAGGAGUGGGAUAUGGGCCUGGGUCAAGGCAAGUCUCAAAACGAGUGA